CUUAAGAAAGCUGUUCAGCAGUCAGCACUCGCCAUAGUUUGCCUGGCAAAAUGGAGAAUACUUCCAAGUUCAGCCUGAUAGUUCUGUUUGCCGUCUUUGCAGUUGUCUGCGGUUUGCGAAAUGAAGACGUUUCAAAUGUCGAGACUUUACCGACUGUUCAGACAAUGGGCCAGCCUUGGCCAAUGCCUAAUAUGUACGAAACAUCGAACGUUGUCUUGACUGUUGAUGAAAACUCGUUUCAAUUUCAGACUGCUGGAACCUUUGAUUGUGCGAUAUUGACAGAUGCUUAUAAAAGAUACGCAAAGUUGACAUUUGGAGGCUAUAUCUCCAAUCGCAAAAGACCGACUUCUCUUAAGUUUCGACCUGAAAUUCGUUCUGACCAACCUGUGCAGAAACUGGAAGUAGCUCUAGAGAUGCCUUGCGAUGGGAAAAUCUACCCAACCUUGCAGUCACAAGAAAAUUAUGAUUUAAUUGUAGGCCCAGGGACAGCUCGUAUCCAGGCACCUGAAGUCUGGGGUGCCCUGAAAGGGCUGGAGACAUUCAGUCAAAUUGUAUAUCGUCUGGAGACUGGAGAGUUCGUUGUGAAUGAGACCCUGAUCCGUGACACGCCACGUUUUCCUCAUCGGGGACUCCUGCUGGAUACCUCCCGUCAUUAUAUCGCCAAGCCUCUUAUAUUUAAGACACUGGAUGCUAUGGCACAGAACAAGCUGAAUGUGUUUCACUGGCACAUCGUGGAUGACCAGUCUUUUCCAUAUGUCAGUAAAAUGUUCCCUGAUCUGAGCCGAAAGGGAGCCUUCAAUUCAGAAACUCACGUGUACACCCCAGCUGACGUGGCAGAUGUGAUUGAGUACGCCCGAGUCCGAGGUAUUCGUGUCAUGGCAGAGUUUGACACACCAGGCCACACACAGUCAUGGGGAAAAGGCAAUCCAAACUUCCUGACAGAGUGUUACUCAAAGGGUCAGCCCACCGGUACUUUUGGCCCUGUGAAUCCUAUUCAGGAUGGUACUUAUGACUUUUUGGCCAAGUUCUUCAAGGAAGUCAGUGAAACAUUUCCUGAUCACUAUAUCCACUUGGGUGGAGAUGAAGUCAGUUUCAACUGCUGGAGGUCAAAUCCAAACAUCUCAGACUUCAUGGUAAAGAUGAAUUUUUCCUCUGACUAUUCCAAGCUGGAGGAAUUCUACAUGCAAAAAGUACUGGAUAUUGUUGGAAGUCUCAAAAGAGGAUACCUUGUUUGGCAGGAAGUUGUGGAUAAUGGAGUGAAGGUGCGGGAGGACACCGUUGUCCAUGUGUGGAAGGGCGGAUGGCAGGCGGAGAUGGCAAGGGUCACGGGACUCGGCUACCACACUCUUUUGUCUUCCUGUUGGUAUCUGAAUCUCAUUAGCUACGGCAGUGAUUGGGUCAACUACUACAAGUGCGACCCUUACGCUUUCAACGGAACGGCAGCACAGAAAGCUCUCAUUAAGGGAGGGGAAGCAGCCAUGUGGGGAGAAUAUGUAGACAACACUAAUGUCAUCUCAAGGACAUGGCCUAGAGCGAGUGCAGUUGCAGAGCGUCUGUGGAGUCGUCAGACAGUCGUGAGUGUGGAGAAAGCCACUCCCAGAUUGGCCGAGCAUCGGUGCAGACUCAUCAGGCGUGGCUUCCCUGCUGAGGAAAUCAAUGGACCCGGAUUUUGCGAAGAAGAGUACAAUAGGUUUUAAGUAUAUAUCACACUUGAGGUUGCAUAUUGUGCUGUUGGUAAAGAAUAAGGCUAAUUUGGAUUACCCAUAUUGUGUCACAUGAUAUAUCUUUGCCUGUGCCAAUUUCAUGAAUGCACUGCCACUUGUGUCUCUAUUCUUUGAAUUUCUAAUUCUAUGGAAGGUUUUAAUACAGAGCUAGAUCGUAUGCAGCUGUUUUUCCCCACACCUUUUCCUUGCAGAUAGAGGUCAUUUUUGUAUGAGCUUUUGUAUUUGCCUACCUUUUUAUUUAAUAUAUUUUUUUAGUACAUUUCAUAACCAUCAUCAGUUUGGAGACUGAAAGUGAAGCCAAAGUACUGCCAACAAUUUUUUAAAGUGAUACUAGCAUUGUGAAAUGAUAUGUGUGUUAAUGUUUGAAAUUUCUGAAUGUGUUAACACUCAAGUAGAGCCUUUGAUAAAUCACGGUGAAUGUACUUCAAAUUUGUACCCCCGGUUAUUGCAGUGCAGGGUAAUGCUACAAGGAUGGGCCCAUGUACAUUAUGUGUAUUGACAUUUAUCAGUAUCUUCUUAUUGUAACUACAACCCCCUGUUAGGGAAACGGACUCAAUUUACAAGUUACAUGUAUUAAACAAUUUUCUGAAUACCUUGUGCAUAGAUGGCAAGAGGGUGGAAUAUAUUAUUGCAAUAUUCCAGACGACAUUGUAUGGUUUGGAUUGUGUCUAAAUUUAUUUCCCCCCACCCUCAUUAGUUCUGAACAUCCAUGUUUUUUGCGACAUUGCUUAGGAUUAUUACCAAAACAGCUUCAGUAUUUCAGGCUGUAGACUUGAACAUUAAAUAUACAGUCUUGAGGGAUUUUCAGUGAGUUUCAAAAUAAUUUUGAAAAGUGAACAAAAAAUGUGACAAGUUGGUUUGUGGAAAAAGAUAAAUGUUCAUUGUUAUUAUAAUGAGAGAACCAAGGUUCUAACCAAAGUACAGUUGAGCACAGCAAACACAAACACUUACAUCUUGAAAUCACGAAUAGCUCGUACAAUGUGCCAUUCCAUGACUGUACAGCUAUAUUUUCUUUGUUUGUUUGGGUAAAACACCGUGAUGCACUCACUGCCGAUAUCGAGAUGCAUUGUCACAUAUAUUACCUGUCGUUUGCGUCAUGCCCAACUGUGUCUUCGUCUUAUCAGUUUAAAAAACAAUAAUUUUUGGGGGGUUGUCUUAUUAAGCUGUUUUCCUUUGUGUGGUGUGUCGCUUUUAAAUUUUCAAAAAUCACGUCCUUUACAAAUUGCUGCUUUAUUUUAAAGUGUGCCUGCUUAACUGUUAAAGAACCUAUUAUUAUAUAAUACCUUAUAGGCCUACUAUUCUGAUGAGAUCGUGGAAUUCGUGGCUUGUUAAAAUGUCUGACACUAUCUCGGUUAUGCAUUUGAUAUGCGCACUGAGUGCAAUGAUUGACCAUGUUUCAGUUUCAUGAACUAAUAAAAUAAAAUAAGAGGAAAUUGAAAAUAGUAAAACUGAAAUAUUUAGUUUGGUUGAUCUUCGAAUCCUUUUAGUUUCUUCAUUUGUUCCUCUUGCAAAGACACAUUAAUGGGUGAGGUUUUGGUGACCCUUGUGUCUUGUUGUUAAAAUUUUAGAUUUAAUUACACUGAUCCGCAGCAACUAUUUAUUUUGAUUUUGUUCUUUUUAUAAUGAUGUGCCUUUUGUACGUAACAUAUCAGUUCACCUUUUUAUUUUGUCGUUAUUUCUUGAAUAGAGAGAAGACAUUUCGAAAUAUUGGUCUCAUUGGACUAUAUUUUAUGUUGAGUGUAUUAAAAGUUUUUAUUUUAAAUCACAGUAUUCUGAAAUUACAAGAAGAAUUCGAAUUUUAGCAGCAGUAGGAUCAGGGGGAUAGAACAAUAAGUCCAUAUUAUUGGACUAUGCUAUGAACAAAGAUGAAGGAUUUGUACAUACAUACAUAAUUAAUUAUUUUUUAAUACAUCAACCAAAUAUUCAAGAUCUAUUUAACUGUGUUCCAGAAGUUUGUUUAUGUUCUUGGAUUUUAACUCGAGUGUCUGCUUUGUUGUACACCAAGCUUUGUGAUGACUUUUUAGACUUGUAGAACGAUAAUUUUUUUUCCGUUAAUUGUCCAGUUCAAGAUCUGACACUAUUAAUAUUAACCAACAAUAUUGUUUUAUUAUUGUGCUGAAAGGUCUGAGACUUUAAAAAAAAUAUUCAUUGCUCAAAAUGGAGAAUAAGAUUUGGACUGUAAAAAUUGAGAGGAUUUUGAAAGAGAAUGUGUUAAAAAAACCCCACCAAAAACAGAGUAUGUGGCUUGAUUGAUAACACUGAGACAAGAUAGAAAAUGGUGCCAUUUAGUUUUAACUUCUCUUAUUUUUAAGAAGAAAAAUACCAGACAUUGUGUGAAUAAAUGCAGUAUGGCAGAUGUUCCAGAGUUCUGGGAGUGAAGGUAUCAUGGGACGAUCGCUUACGUCAAUCACUUGUGUGCUGAUUUACUUGUAUUCUUUGAUUUUUUUAUGUAACAUUCCACAAUAAAAGGUUAAAAAGAAAUUGUGAAG